AUGACUGCCAACAACAACAGUGUGACGAAUGGUGCUGUAUCUAGUUAUGCCAAGUUAGUGCAAAAUCAAACACCUGAUGACAUUUUGGAAGAGUUUCCGGAAAUUAUUCCAUUACAACAAAGACCUAAUACUCGAUCUAGUGAGACGUCAAAUGAUAAGAGCGGGGAAACCUGCUUCUCAGGUCACGACGAAGAGCAAAUCAAACUAAUGAACGAAAAUUGUAUUGUUUUGGAUUGGGACGAUAAUGCUAUUGGUGCCGGUACCAAGAAGGUUUGUCAUUUGAUGGAAAACAUUGAGAAGGGUUUACUACACCGUGCGUUCUCUGUUUUUAUUUUCAAUGAAAACGGCGAAUUGCUUCUACAGCAAAGAGCCACUGAGAAAAUUACUUUCCCUGACCUUUGGACCAACACAUGUUGCUCUCACCCAUUAUGUAUCGAUGACGAAUUAGGCUUGAAAGGUAAAUUGGAUGAUAAGAUCAAAGGUGCAGUUACUGCAGCCGUAAGAAAACUAGAUCAUGAAUUGGGUAUUCCAGAAGAGGAGACCAAGACAAAGGGGAAAUUUCACUUUUUAAACAGAAUCCAUUACAUGGCACCAAGUAAUGAACCAUGGGGUGAACACGAAAUUGAUUAUAUUUUAUUCUAUAAGAUCAACUCCAAAGAAAACUUGACCGUCAAUCCAAACGUCAAUGAAGUCAGGGACUUCAAAUGGGUUUCGCCAAAUGAUUUGAAAACAAUGUUUGCUGAUCCGAUUUAUAAAUUUACACCUUGGUUCAAGAUUAUUUGCGAAAAUUAUUUAUUCAACUGGUGGGAGCAAUUAGAUGACCUUUCCGAAGUUGAGAAUGACAGACAAAUCCAUAGGAUGCUGUAG